CAGCUUCGCCGUUUUCAGAACGGUCCUACCAGAACGAGUUUGCCCGUGAAACGGUGAGGACUGCGGCGGUCGUUCGGUUGACUUGGAGAGAUAGUCGCGCGACGUCGCGGAGAGCGACCGUCUUAAGUAUUCGGGAGGAAUCAUCACAGAGAAGUCGAAGGGAUCGAGCGAAUUCGCAUCAACGACGAAUCUACCAAGCCUGCGGCACCCAUCGACAAGGGGAAACGGCGGAAUUGACGUUCGUGCUAUCGUAUUUGUCGCGCCUACAUACUUGGCUGCCGAGCGCGGACUUUGCGCGGGAAAACGGCGGGAAUAAUCGAGAUCGGGAAGGAAUCAUCCGGGAAUCCGCUCUCGCUCUCGGCUCGACGUACAUAUAUAUACACACACACGCACGCACCUGCUGGAAAACGCAAAGAGGGUCCCGAGAUGCUGGUAGCCUCAAUCUGUUGCGAAGUCUACGUCACGGUGUUGCCCAACACAACCAUGGCCUCGCGAGUACCACGCUGUCUCUUCGGCCGGCCGAAUUCCCGGGAGACCAUCGAGCUGCUCCAGGAGGCGCUGGACGAGGAGAGGAGCAAGUUCGCCAAGAGAUGGGGAGUGGAUCCCUGCGCCGAGGACAAGGAGAACAAUUAUCAGAGACGGACCAACGAGAGGAACGAGCCGGCGUGCAACAAAAAACGGAAUAAUAAUCCGUAUUCAAGGCAGACCAGCAUUCACGAUUACUGGCGAGUUCGAAAAAUGUGCGACGCGAACAAAAAACCUCUGACAUCGUCAGUAGACGUGUCGAAGCAACAAAACAUGGAAUCCUCGAAAGCAUCGAAGACGACUACCACGAUGGCGACGAUCACAGCGGCAGUGAAGACAAUGUCGCCGAAGAAGACGAUGUCGCCGAAGAAGACGAUGGCGUCGAAAUGAACAUACAUCUCGAACGAUCGUCAUCAGACUUUAUCUAUGCUAUCGGAAUUUACAUAUUUAUUCCUUCGCCAUUUCCGAGCAUUAUUAUCAUCGAGUUGUUGGGGUAAUCCCGCUUACAGUUAAUCGUGAUCGAGGUAUUAAUUAAAUUUUGUAAAUAAUUCGAAUCAAGUUUAGACUUAUGGAGGUUAGGAUGGACUCACUGUCGUAUUAUAAUCGCCAUUCCUGGCCGAAGUGGCCACUUUUUACGAUCGAUGAAUCAUCGUCUCGACUUAGAACACAUUCGAGUCGGAGUGACUCCCCUCUCGAAUGCAUACUCGAUUUGCCGUCAUAUGAACAACUUCUGACGGAUUUCGCGUCGUCUAUUAGAGAUUCCUUAUCGGCAAGUCCAUCGAGAGCCUGAAGCGGUCGCUUCUUCAAUGAAGCGAUGAUGCAGCACCUCCAAAGACUAACCGAUGAAAAACGCCAACUCGCAGCUCCGCACUCUCGUCACGCGAGAGACAGGAGAAAUUCCUAUGUUGGUUUAGGAUUAGGAAACUCUUCUAGUCAUUUAGUAAUUUAAAUAAACAAUAAACUAUCGUGCUUUCAUUCGUA